AUGCCUUUUGACAGGGAAUGUCAGGGGCAUGUACGAAAGGAUCAAGCAGGCAACAGGUCCAUUGGCUCCAUUGAAAACAAAGACAGGGAAGGAUUUGGGUUUAACAUCUUGGGAGGAGCAGAUAAACCCUGUUAUCCUGGAAAUUAUGGAAUCUACGUUGCUAAAAUAAGGGAAAAUGAAUCAGCAGCUCUUGAUGGAAGACUUAAAGAGGGUGACAAGAUCUUGGAGGCUGAUGGAAUUUCACUUGUUAAUAUACUGCAUGAGGAAGCAGCAGAGGUAUUUAGGAACAUGACCAAUGAUGAGUUAGUAUUACGAAUCGAGAGGCAGGUCAGAUAUGAGUUUGGCGAUGAGGUGUGUUCAACAGCUGAAUGGAAGCCACCAAAACUCUGGCAGCACUCUGGAAAGGAAACUCAAAAAUGGCAUCACAAUUCAAGGACUUUCAACAAAGGUAGAUUGCCAUGGAUCCUUCUAGCAACUUCUGUAGUGACCGUAGUCAUCAUGAUGGGGGCACUGAAACUCACAGCAGUAAAGAAAUGAAAUAA